AUGGAUGUGAAGAAGAAUGUCACUCAAACGAGUUUGAUAUUUGUUAUCAAUGGCGAAAAGUUUGAGCUAUCCAGCGUUGAACCGUCAACCACUUUGCUUGAGUUCUUGCACACUCAAACUCGAUUCAAGAGUGUCAAACUUGGUUGUGGUGAAGGUGGUUGUGGUGCUUGUGUAGUUUUAAUCUCCAAAUAUGAUCCUUUACUCGAUAGAGUCGACGAUUUCAGCGCGAGCUCUUGUCUCACUCUACUUUGUAGUAUACAUGGAUGUUCAAUAACAACAAGUGAAGGAAUUGGAAAUAGCAAACAAGGAUUCCAUCCUAUUCAUCAAAGAUUUGCUGGAUUCCAUGCUUCUCAAUGUGGCUUCUGUACUCCUGGAAUGUGCGUUUCACUCUUCGGCGCUCUUGUAAAGACUGAUAAGAAUGAUUCUCCAGAGCCGCCAGCUGGUUUUUCAAAAAAUCAAUGUUUCUGA